GAAAGCAGAACUAGCCAAUGAGUUCGUUUUCCUUUACCACUCCCUCUGCCUCUCCCUCUCCCUCUCGCACAAUUGCACAAACAUAUGGAGGGCCUUAUACGUAGCCUGAAUGGGCAUUCAUCGGGCCACCAUGUUUUUGGGUUGCUCGUCAAAUCUUCUCUAUCUUUUACGUGCCCAUAGCCUCAUCCGCUCAUCAAUUCCCAUAAAACCCAUCAAUCGCACGUGCCAAUUCAAACUCCUGCGAACGCAAUAAUAUCUGGGCAAUGCUUGCUCCUCACCCGCCAUUAUAGACUAAUAAAGUUUUUGUUGCCUGCAACCGCCUAUUCUCGCUCAUUGCGUUUCAAAUCCAAUCUCCCUUCUUCCCCAUUUUGACUCGUCUUUUUCUUGACCCAUCACUCCUACUCUUUUCUUCCCCUUCUCACUGAUUCGAGUCAUAUUUUUUAUAGGGUCUUUCCUUAACUGGAAAGCUGUUUCUAUUUUAAUUGUUUGAUUUGUUUCCUAUUGAUUACUUGGUCAACCUCACCGGUCUACACCAACAAACAGGGAAAACAACCGCCUUUGAUGCAGCUCAUGAUAUCCCUACCCCACAGUUAGCAUUUCCGCAAUUUGGGUGUUUCUAUCACGUCCGGAGCUAGUCACGCCGUGGACCACCUUGUUGGGUUGCCGGAGAUGGAGACGAACCCCCACCGUACCGGUUGUUCCGACCCUGUUAAGAAGGCGGUUCCUAUAUCCAUGGAUCAUGUGCUGCUGGCAUUGCGAGAAACCGAAGAAGAGAGGGAUGUCAGAUUACGGAGUCUGUUUAAUUUCUUUGACGCUGCCAAUGCUGGAUACUUGGAUUAUGCGCAGAUCGAGGCUGGGUUAUCGGCUUUGCAGAUUCCGGCGGAGUAUAUAUACGCCAGUGGUUUGUUGAAGGUUUGCGACGCAAAUGAGGAUGGACGGGUGGAUUAUCAGGAGUUUAGGAGGUAUAUGGACGAUAAAGAGCUGGAUCUAUACCGGAUUUUUCAGGCAAUUGAUGUGGAACACAACGGUUGCAUUUUGCCUGAGGAGUUAUGGGAUGCGCUUGUUAAGGCUGGGAUUGAGAUUGAUGACGAGGAGCUUGCCCGUUUUGUUGAGCAUGUUGAUAAGGAUAAUAAUGGAAUUAUAACUUUUGAAGAAUGGAGAGAUUUUCUUUUGCUUUAUCCACAUGAAGCUACAAUUGAAAACAUAUACCAUCACUGGGAAAGGGUAUGCCUUGUAGAUAUCGGAGAACAAGCUGUUAUACCAGAAGGCAUCAGUAAGCAUGUUAAUAGAAGUAAAUAUUUCAUUGCAGGGGGGAUAGCAGGAGCUGCAUCUCGUACUGCAACUGCUCCUCUUGAUCGCUUGAAGGUGGUUUUGCAAGUUCAGACAACACAUGCUCACCUUGUUCCUGCUAUAAAGAAGAUAUGGAAAGAAGGUGGUUUUUUGGGUUUCUUUCGUGGUAAUGGAUUAAAUGUUGUGAAGGUAGCACCUGAAAGUGCUAUUAAGUUUUAUUCUUAUGAACUGUUAAAGAAUGUCAUUGCUGAUUUUAAAGGGGGAGAAAAAGACAAUAUAGGUCCUGCUGAAAGACUUUUUGCUGGUGGAAUGGCUGGUGCAGUGGCACAAACAGCUAUCUAUCCGUUGGAUCUUGUUAAAACUCGAUUACAAAUUUGUGAAGGGGGAAAUGCUCCAAAGUUGGGAACUCUAACAAAGAAUAUAUGGAUUCAGGAAGGACCUCGAGCAUUUUAUAAAGGCCUUGUGCCAUCUCUUCUUGGGAUUAUACCUUAUGCUGGCAUUGACCUUGCUGCAUAUGAGACGCUGAAAGACAUGUCAAAGGCUUAUAUUCUGCAUGACAGUGAACCGGGUCCUCUUGUGCAAUUGGGUUGUGGGACAGUCUCAGCAGCCUUUGGAGCAUCAUGUGUUUAUCCCUUACAGGUUAUCAGAACCAGAAUGCAAGCACAACAUUCUAAUUCAUCUGCUGCUUAUAAGGGGAUGUCUGAUGUGUUUUGGAGAACACUUCAGAAUGAAGGUUAUAGAGGCUUCUACAAAGGGCUCUUCCCAAAUCUUCUCAAGGUUGUGCCAUCUGCAAGCAUAACAUAUUUGGUUUAUGAAGCCAUGAAAAAGAGCCUAGAUCUUUGACUGGGGAGCACUGUAUUCAUGUGCUAGGGAACUGAUUUCAGGUAUAGAAAUAUUCCAUAUAUGUAGUUAAUGACGAAAAUAAACAUAGGAUUGCUAGUCAAGUAGGCAAGACAAUUUUUGAGUUAUAGUAUAGACGUAAAUCCCCCUGCAUGAAUUGCCACGAAGUUUUGUUAGUCGAAGAGCUUUUUUUCUAGAACCUUAUUGGAAGGUAGCGUUGAGAAACAAGGAUUAUAUGACAUCAUAUUUUCAGACUUUGGAGGUGAUGGGCCUUCUUCAUUACCUUACAUAUUGCUACACCUUUACCUGUAGCACCUACAUUCUCUAAGGUGACAACUAUUUGUUUUUAAUUACUUCCUGAAGUUGAGGAAAUGCAGCCACCUUUAUCAUCUGCCUAAUA